UGUCAUGUUACCAUGGGUUGUUUGAGCCCUCCGUCAGGUCUUGCAGGGGGAAACUGUCGUACAAUUCUUACUUAAGCCCACCUUAGCGUACAAUUAUAAGUUUACCUUUCAAGAUAAAAGUCUUACUCACCUGCAUCACUUAAGAAACGAUAAAGUCAAAGUAAACGUUUGAAUGUGUUUGCCUGUAAGACAUAAUGACGGUCAAAACCAGAACGGGUAGCGAGGCGUAACGAAUGUUUUCUUCGGCAGUGUCGAGCAGCAACUGAAGUAGCAACUUGGAUGUCACUAUCAUCAAAUAUCGGUUUUACAGAAAACGAAUUAUUGUGGAUACCAAAAUGAGCAGUUUUAACAAACUGAACACACAAAGACUGCCACCAUUUACAACAACAGCGCAGAUGAGAAUGUCCAAACAAGACCUGGAAAGAGACUCAGGCUUCUCAGAUGCCAGCUCAGAGUACCUCAGUGCAGUGGAGGUCACAGACUCGGAAGAUACUGGAAGGAAUGGGUCGAUAAUCGGGCAGGAACCAGCUGGUCAGCAGGUGGCCUUGGUAGGAGGUUCAUAUCCUGGACUAUCCCCAAUGAUCAUUAUGAACAACUAUGUCCUAAAGCAGCCAUCACCAAUGGCUCCACCAGAGAAACAGUGGGGCUUUCCUUCAUCAAUGGAAGUGAUGCCCCAAUCUCAGGUGGUUCUUCUUCAGCCAUUGUUAUCAAAUGGCACAAACUGCUCUCCAAAAGCUGGCUCUGACAGCAUGCGACAAUCAAGAAGCUACACUCCUAUUCUCAAGUCAUACCCCAGAAUUGCCCCCUACCCAGUGGAUUCGCCCUCUAAGAGAGUGGAAACAUCUAGGCUGACUGCAAACGGAACGGCGGGAUAUGAGCAGCGACAGAGGAGACGCCAUGACCCCCAGAGGCCUGACAUCUCCCACAGCCCACUGUCAGAUCUGCAGAUGCAAGCUCAAGCUGUCUGCAACUUUGAAGCAUUAAGCAACAAAUCUCACGCUGCUGAGAGUCAGGAGGAAGAUUCUGACAAAUCUCUGACCGCAGCAACAGAAACCAGCUCAUUAGCCAACUUCACAUAUGAGGAGCUGAGGAGCGUAUCUGAUGAUGGCAGCAUGUCUGCAGAGAAAUAUCAGGAUCCCAUCUCAAUGCACAGCAACAAACUGAAGCGUUUCAGCAAUACCUACAACAUCCUCAACAAGUCUGGCCUGCUAGGGAUUACGUUGCGCACAAAGCAACUGAUCAAAGAAAACAAGCGCACGCAGGGCCAGCUGCACCUGCUGCAAAAGCAAACGGCUCUGCUGCUCGAAGCGCUGAGCAGCGGGGAUCCGCAGCUCUUGACUAAACUCCAGUCGUCUUUGCAGGACACAGAAAAGGAGCAGUUCGGGGUUAAAGCUCAGAGUGUCCUAGCGUAACUUGUUUGUGGACGUAACCAGCAGUUCUAAAUCUGAUUUCAGGAGGAUUAAUAAAGAGGUCAUCAGAUGCUGAAUGUGUCACAUUGUUAUGACAAACACAGCUCAGCUUUCACCAUUUCAUCAGGUGGCUGUAGGUGGACAGUGCCUUGCAGAAGUUCACACACCCCUUGAAACUUUGACGCAUUUUGUCACUUUAUAACAACAAACAACAACUUAUUGGAAUUUUAUCUUCUAGACCAGGAGUCUGCAGCCUGUGGCUCCGGAGCCUCAAGUGGUUCUUCUGCAAUGGCUCUAAACUCUUUAAAAAUGACAAAGAAACGGCUGUUUUAAAAAUAGAUAUAACAACAAUAAAGGUUUUAGCUGUUUUCAUUCAAUGAUUUAAUUUAUUUUCCAAAACAGGAUGAUAUUAAAAGUACCAGUCAUUUUUAUUUAGAUCUAUUUUUCUUAUGUUGUGCAGAUAUCACAGUAUCUAGUAUACAAAAAUGUAGCCAUCACCUUUUUGAAAAAGAUUAAUGUUUUUAUUUAUAUCACAACCUAAAAAUAGAUUAGGAAUAAAAUAGUUGCUGUUGUAAAUAUUUUUCAAAAAAUAUGUCUUUUUUAUUUUUUUCAAAAGGUCAGUUAAUAUUUGGCCCUAGACCUUUUUAAUGAACUGGAAUGGGAGCAACAAAAAAAA